AUGGGCAUAGCUUUUAGAGUAUUUCGGUGUUAUCUUAGCGGUUUUGAUUUUGCAUGGCGAUGUAUUUUGGUAGGUAAGUCCUUGCCCGCGGGCGGCUUUUACUAUUUUCCAGCAGGGUGCCUCUUGCGGUGGUCAGUUGUUAUCUUUUCUUGUUCCGGGUUGGUAAGUUAUCCCAGCUUUCCCAUUCUAAGUUGCCUGGCCAGCAUGUAGUUCUCGUCGGUACGUAUGUAGGUAAGGCGGGCUGUUGUGUCGUCGGUCGUCCUGUUUGCACCUCGAAACCCCAUUGCUUCAAUGUUUGUAGGGUAUUAGCUAGGCACUUCGUUCGGGCGUCGCAGCGAGCCGUCCACG